AUGAUUCUUCCCACAUCAUGCUGUGUUCUUGUGGACUCAUUUGUGACAGCGGAGAAGUAUAUUUCAGGUUGUAAUGAGCAACCGAAUUGUCCGUUCGUUUAUUCCACGGCGCAAAGAGAAUGUGCUCAAGCCCAGAAAGAAAGCCGACCAACGAAAUGGGCUUGGGAUCGCGGAGUACAGCGUUUUGAAGGUCCAGGAGAAAAUGGCGAGGAGGUGCAUCUACAGGGUGAUGAGCAAAAACAGGGAGAAUUGGAUAUGAAGACAUGGUUCAUGAAUGUGAGGGCGAGUGAUUUAAUGUCGUUAGAUCGAAGUCUUCCUGAUGCCAGAAGAGAAGAAUGCUUGGAUAUUCACUACGAUCUGGACAGUUUACCACAAGUUUACUCUCUGCGUAGUAGUUUAUUGAGAUCCGCUAUUGCUGCGUGUAUAAUUACUUCUUUUUUGGCUUCGGUGAUUAUCAUUUUCACUGAUGAAGCAUGGAGUCCUUUGCUGAGAACAGUUCACUCUGUGGUUAAUAGAAGCCCACCACAGUUACUUAAGGAAGUCAUCCUUGUCGAUGAUAACAGUCAGCGAGGUGAACUCAAGGGGCGUCUUGAUGAUCAUAUUCGUCGCUUCGGUGGAUUAGUUCGUAUUGUGAGGAAAAAUAUCAGACAUGGUUUAAUUAGAGCUAAACUAGCCGGAGCUCGUGAAGCCACUGGAGAUGUGAUAGUUUUCUUAGAUUCGCACUGUGAAGCUAACGUUGGAUGGUUGGAGCCUUUAGUUCAACGUAUCAGUGAGAAAAGAGAUGCGAUAAUCUGCCCUAGUAUUGACGAUAUAUCCGCUCACAAUAUGCGCUAUAAUGCUGAUAAGUAUUCUACGUCGAUUGGAGGUUUUUCCUGGGCUCUUCAUUUUACAUGGGAAGGUUUGCCAGAAAGGGAAAAGAAUAGACGUAAAACUCCUACGGGAUAUAUAAGAUCUCCCACUAUGCCUGGUGGACUAUUGGCAGCUAAUCGGGAAUACUUUUUUGAGGUCGGCGCAUAUGAUGAAGAAAUGGAUAUCUGGGGUGGCGAAAAUCUCGAAAUGUCGUUUAGAGUAUGGAUGUGUGGCGGAUCAAUAGAGUUCAUACCUUGCUCUCAUGUUGGGCAUAUAUUUCGUGCAGGGCACCCUUAUAAUAUGACAGGUCGUGGAGGCAAUAAAGAUGUUCACGGAACAAACUCAAAAAGGCUUGCAGAGGUUUGGAUGGACGAUUACAAAAGGCUUUAUUAUCUUCACAGACACGAUCUACUGAAUGUUGAUGUCGGUGAUCUAUCGGAGCGUAAGGCAUUAAGGAAACGCCUUGGUUGCAAAUCGUUCAAAUGGUAUUUGAAUAAUGUUAUUCCAGAAAAAUUUGUACUGGAUGAAAAUGUCAAGGCUUACGGGACGUUAAUGUCUCUUUCGAAAGAUGGUCAGUUGCGCAGAGAAAAGAACUGCGCCGAAGUGGUGGUGGUGCGUGAUGGAAAUCCACGUAUAGGUGCAAUUAGGAUGGCUCCUUGUACAGAAAGUAGUCCCGUUUGGGAAUAUACAGAUUCAAUGCUGAAAGAUAGCAAGACAGGUUUGUGCUUGUCAACAUCAGGACUGAAGAGCAGUGAAGAUGUGCUGAUGGAAGAGUGCACUACUCAUAGCCUGCAUCAGAAAUGGCAAUUCGUUGAUCCAAGGAUUUAG